CACAGCAGCUAGUGUCUUCAAGCACAUUUGGGCCCUGUCUUUGAAGAGUUACAUGUACGAUUGAUCCAAUCAAUCACAACUAUGGACGGCGCCAGCAAUGUCAACAUCUGCAUCGAGUCAACAUGAACGCUCUUGAUAUGUCCAACCGGCGUUACGCAUGUUCCCAAUGCAAUAGGACCUAUAGUCGGAAGUUUGAUAUGCAGAGGCAUGAACAAAAAGCUCACCCUGAUACAGAAGAUGAAGGCAAAAUUGAAUCUUCCGACGCUGAAGAAGGUACAAGUGAGGAUGAUUACUCCGAACCACCCUCUCAAACGGAGGGAGUUGAAGAAUCUAGUGAUUCAGAAAACGAUGGAGAGGAUGAAUCGUCAAUGUCAGAGACAGAUAACAUGGAUGAAAUUGAAGACAACCUUGCUUACCAAGUAUGGUUGGAGCAGGCCAUGACAGCCACCAAGGACCUGAGAGACGAAAAAUAUCAGAAAUAUAUUUCAGAGGGAAUGGAAGAAGAAGACGCUAAAGAAAAAGCGCACGUGAAAUUACUGUGGGCCGUCAAACGCAUCUUUUUCGAUCUUUACUCCAAGUUCUUGCAGCAAAACAUUAGCCUAGGAGAAGCUGACGUCAAUCAGGACAUCGUUUCUGAUCUCAAGGAAAGACUAGAAAAUGGCAUGGAAUUCCAGAAAGCCGUACAAAGAGUCUUAGCCAGGCAUGGUCCACAAUUUGAUGGUUUAUUCCAGUUCCAAGAUGGAGGUGACGAUGACGACGAUGAUGAAGAAACAGAGAGUGAGGAUGGAGUCUACAACUAAAGGCACAGCACCACCUUGUCAACAAAAAUAAUCAAAGAACUUGAAAACGCCGUCAACAAAAAUGACAGAUUGAACUCUAUUAUUUCUAUCGUCAAUAUUCAUACCAGCCAUAGGCCUAUACAUGGAUUGUGUUACAGCGAAGAUAUAACAGUUAACAAUUAUUUUGUCUACACAAUACGU